AUGCGCCUCCACGCGCCACCGCCAGAGUUUCCAUGUGUCACCAUCAUGCGGACUACAUCAAGCACUCCUUCACUUGUACAGCAAGGAUCUAGCCUCUGUUUGUUCAGCUCGUUUCCACAAAGGCAGAGAAGAGAGAAAAACAUAAAGCACAAAGCAAGAGACAAUAAUAUUGAGUUCUGGAGAAAAUUUGUUGCUGAGUAUUUUGCACCCAAUGCCAAGAAAAGAUGGUGUGUUUCCAUGUAUGGAAGUGGCCGUCAAGCUGCUGGAGUUUUCCCUCAGGAUGUUUGGCACUGUGAAAUAUGCAAUCGCAAGCCUGGCCGUGGAUUUGAGGCUACUGUUGAGGUUCUGCCUAGACUUUUCAAGAUAAAAUAUGAAAGUGGUAUUUUGGAAGAGCUACUUUAUGUUGAUAUGCCCAGGGAAUAUCAGAAUUUAUCUGGACAAAUUGUCUUAGAUUAUUCAAAAGCCAUCCAGGAGAGUGUCUUUGAGCAACUUCGUGUUGUUCGUGAUGGUCAACUUCGAAUUGUGUUCUCUCCAGAUCUUAAGAUAUGUUCCUGGGAGUUCUGUGCUCGGCGUCAUGAAGAGCUUAUUCCUAGAAGAUUUUCAGAGAGCUUGGCCAAGAUUCCUCGGCGAACAAAUACUUCACCUGGGAGUUUUCAAGGUCAGUUGCAACAAUCGCAACAGCAGCAGCAAACAGUGGGACCGAACUCAAAGAAUGAUAGUACUGCCCAGGCUGCUUCAGUGCAACUUACUUCUACCAACAACAUACCAGGUGUUAAAAACAGUCUGAACCCAGCUCCUGGAACUUCAUCCACUACUGCCACUGUUGGGCUUCAUCACCAGAAUUCUAGUCGGCAAAACUUGACAUCUAAUGCAAACAGUCCCUUCAGAGGAAAUCCUGUUCAAAUGCCUUCCCCAGGUUCUUCAAAUACUAUGCCACAGCCCAGUCCUCACUUCCAACCACCAAUGCCAUCCACAUCUAACAAUCCACCGCAAUCUUCACAUGGAGCUCAAAUGAAUUCGGCAAAUUCCCCAAAUAACCCAAUGCAGCUGCCCACUCUUACGGCGGAUGCAGAUGCAAAUGAUUCACAAAGCUCUGUUCAAAAAAUUUUACACGACAUGAUGAUGUCAAACCAGUUUAGUGGGGGUGGCAUGACGGGCAUUAGGACCAUGGGCAGUGAUGUGAAAAAUAUUAAUGGAAUGUUAUCAAGCGACAAUGCUGUUAUAAGGAGCGGAGUGGCCAAUGGUAAUCCGGUUAUAGGUGGUGGAGACUUUAGGAAUACAGGCAACGGAUUUGGUCAUUCUGCAAUGGCCAAUGGAAUCCAAGCUGCAUUGGGUAGUAAGUCAAUGAAUGGAAGAGCAGGAGGCAUGACAAUGGCACGAGAUCAAAGCGCUAUUCAGCAGCAGGAUCUGGGAAACCAACUACUUGGUGGUCUUGGGGCUGUUAAUGGUUUUAACAACCUUCAAUUCAACUGAAGACAUCUCUCUGAUUAGGUCAAUGUUCAUUUUGUGCUUAUCCUUCAUUGUUGGAAAAUUCAAGAAUUCACUGUAGUCCUUUGGAAUAUGAAGUGCAUUAUGGAAGAAAAAGGAUAACUCCUCCCUUCUCCUUGCAGUUGUACUAAUUCAUAGGAAAGAAAAUAUAUAACAUAGUUAUUCAUGGUUUGAAAUGUUGCAUAUUAAGUUUCCUCGUAUUUUUCUCAACUUAAAUUUACCUAGUUAGGGACAGGUGCUUACCCUUCAAGGCAUGUUUGUUGUGUAGUUUGGAUAGGAUAAACAGACAAGAUUUUAGCUUCUAGCAUUGGAUAAUGUACAGCCUACCUUGAACAAACCAUUACUGUGACUUGACUGCUGGAACCAGCUUAAUACGCGCUUCGUAUUACAACUUUCCUUGAGCAUUUGAAAACUAUUUUAUGUGAAAGUUUGCCUUCA